AUGGCUCCUAAAAAUAAGGGUUCCUCCGUUGGCAAGAAUCCCACGAAAUCCUCAAAAAAGCCACUAUUGUUUUUGAAGGAUACCGAUGGCAGUGAGCUUCCAUGGUUUGAGCUUUUAUCUCCCCUUUUGGGCGAGUCUUUAUCUCAAUCUUUGUCGAGUACACCUGUUUCGUUUACUCCAGGCCAAUUGGAGCUAUUAAGGACCAAAGGGAAACAGUUGAUUGAGACGCAGGAGGCAAUUUUCUUGGAAAAUGCCCCUAAUGAUUUGUCUUUUUAUUUAAAUCUGCUGAAUGAGGGUACCCGUUCCGAUCGGUUGGCUGCAUAUGGCCUGCUUGUUGCGAAGGCUCCACAUUUUUUCAUUAGCAAGCUUUCUGAGUGGAUGGUUUGGAUUUCUUCUGGAAUAAACAGGGCUGAAUCUAUUGGAGACGCAAUUGUCUCGUUGGCCCAGGUAUUUUCUAGCCACAUUAUUCCGACAACUCACAAACUUAAAUACAUGGAGCAACGCCAAGGACCAAAGAUCCCCUCGGAUCCAGAAUUAUGGGUUUGGGCUGUUGAGGAUUCGCUCAAAAGAGCCUAUGCAGACUUGAUACGUUUGUUUGAAAAGCAAUUGAUGUCUCCUUAUGAGCAACUGCGGCUUCGACUUCUUCCCGUAAUUUCGAAUCUUUUUUCGACACAUCCGGAGCAGGAGUCGGCUCUCCUUUCUCUGUUAUUUGCUAAACUUGGGGAUUCCUCGAAAAAAGUAGCCUCCACCUCUGGAAGGUUGAUCCUUAAAAUUAUUAACAUGCACCCCGCAAUGACAGAAGUGGUGGUCUCUGGCUUAUGGCAACAGGUCCUUAUCUCGAAGCUAUCUUCAUCUGCUUCUCCAAAUUCUUCAAAAGCAUCUACGCCGUCAACCUCUUCAUUACAUGCCCAGUAUUAUGGGAUUGUUUUAUUGACGCAAAUCCCUCUUGAUUCACGGUUCCAGGAUCUGGCCCGGAAAAUGAUUGCGAUGUAUGUCUCUCUCAUUGAAGAGUUAUUAUCUGAUCGGCCAGAAGCCCCUUCUAAAGAUAAGAAAAAGAAUGUAAAAAAAGAGGAAAAUCAGGUUGAUUCGCACAAAGAAAAGUUGCUAUCUUUUAUACUGAAGGGCGUACACAAUGCAUUUUCGAUUUGCAAGGACGCCAAGCUUCCAUCGAUUGACAUUCUUUUUAGACUUACCCACAUAGGUUCUUGGUCAAAAUCUCUUCAGGCCUUUUGGCUGCUCUAUAAAAUUUCAAAGGAAGUCCCCUCGUUACAGGAGAGAUUCCAGAAAUCUCUUUGGGAAUCCCUUGUUGAUGAUCGGUCUGCCGGACAUGGUCGGUAUCAAGCAGAACAGCAUAUUGCAAUUGUGAAGACAUUUCUAAUGGACAAAAUGUCAGGCGACUUUUCUGCAGAAACCUUGCCGAUUAUACUUGCCUUUGUGAAAAGAUGGCUUGCAUUCAUUUCGUUGUCAGGUUCUAUUGCCUUCAUGUGUGCUGUUCUUCAAGCGAUUCUCGAGGUUUUUCUACUGAUCACACGUAAAAGACCCUCAAUUAUUAAGGAUAUAAUUCUGCCUCCAGGGGAUUAUAAUAAUUCGUGGGAUCCACUGAAAAGAGAUCCCUCGUGGUGUGGAGUUACACUGGAUGCUUCCAAAAAAAAGCUUGUCUGCUCAUUUUUCGAAAUCUGUCCGUUUUUAUUGCAUUAUCAUCCAUCGGUUUCUACUUUAGCCAAGGCAAUUUUAGCAUCGACCAGGGGAGUUUCAGCAUCGACCAAGGGAAUUUCCGCAAAGGAACUUGAUAAUCCCGAAACGAUCUUGAAGAAUUCUACAAGCAAUCCAUUCGAGUCGUAUUCGCUAAGCUCAUUUCUUGAUCGCUGGGCAUACAAAAACCCGAAAAAACACUCAAAAUCAGAAGCGCCAAUACCUUCAACAUCCGAUUUUUCGUCUCUUUCGAGCCAUGAUGUUUGUGCCUCAGAUGUCUUUUAUCACAAGUACUUUGUGAAUAAAGCAAAACGAGUAACAACUAACCUCAGCAUUCCAGACGGAAGUGAUGGAGAAAGCGAUUUUGAUGGUAUCGACCUGGUCCCAUCGGAUGGCUCUCAGACCAGUGACGUCGACAUCCAAGAACCAUUUUCAGAUGAUGAUGGCGACGAUAUUGAUGGUCUGAGUGAAGAGGACGGAUUAGUAUCGAGCGAUGAGGAUAUUGGCUAUGAGAAUGGCCAGUUUUUAGAUGCAGAUGCUGAGGAGGAGGGUGCUAACGAUCAGACCACUUCGAAAGACAAUAGAACACCCAAAAGAAAAAGGGUUAAAUUGCCUUUAUUGGCCAGUGCGGAAGAGUAUGAAAAGUAUUUAAUUUAA